AUGAAGGAUCGCCUCGAAGCAGUAUCUCUUUACUGCGAUGAUAAAAUAUCGAAGUGUUGCAAAACGUUGAAUACGAACUGGUCGGAGGAGCAGUCCAAUGAACUCAAGGAACAGAUUGCGCAAAUUGCCGACGCUGAGAACCGCAUCCGUAAACUUAUUCGUGACAGAGUGUAUAAUUUCAUAUUUUCCAUGAUCUCAAGUCCCGGGCCAUCAAGUCGGCAGCAAUUUCCACCCGGUCUAUCCGUGAUUCGUGAAGAACUUUCUGAACUCACCGGUCGAUUUUUGCGAAUCACUAAUCACAACAGGCAGAUAUUUGGCACAUAUUACGGUGAACUAGUCAAGAAAUUGAUGAAUGAAUGUAUAUAA